UUGAUUUUGCUGCCCGAGUUCAAACAACCAAUUUUUGUGAGAAAUUUUUUGCAAGUUAUGAUUUUUGCUCUUUUUUUUCAUUGUGAUAAUUUUAUCAUUUUUUUCAGAAGAUGUUUGGACAACAAAUAAGUAAAACCGCCCAAGCCAUUCAAAAAGGCAGUGUCCGAUUCUACAAUAAUACCUACAAUAAUUUGAAAAUCAACAAAAGCACCAAAGUCAUUAUCCAAGGUUUCACUGGAAAACAAGGAACAUUCCAUGGAAAACAAAUGAUCGAAUAUAACACCAACGUUGUUGGCGGAGUUAAUGCCAACAAAGCCGGAACAACCCAUUUGGAUAGACCAGUCUUCAGAGAUGUCAAAGAGGCUCGCAAUAAAACUGGAGCUGAUGCUUCAGUUAUCUAUGUUCCAGCUUUCGCAGCUGCCGAUGCUAUUGAAGAGGCUAUUGAUGCUGAAAUUCCACUUGUUGUUUGCAUCACUGAAGGAAUUCCACAACACGAUAUGGUUCGCGUCAAAUCCAAACUCGUCAAACAAAAUAAGACCAGACUUGUUGGACCAAAUUGUCCUGGAAUCAUCUCGGCUGAUGAAUGUAAGAUCGGAAUUAUGCCAGGACAUAUUCACAAGAGAGUGAGUUCUUAAAUUUCAAUUAAUAUGCAAUAUCUUAUUGAUGAUUUUCAGGGAUGCAUCGGAAUUGUUUCUCGCUCGGGUACAUUGACCUACGAAGCUGUUCACCAAACCACUCAAGUCGGAUUCGGUCAAACUUUGUGUGUUGGAAUCGGAGGAGAUCCAUUCAAUGGAACCAACUUCAUUGACUGCCUCAACGUCUUCCUCGAGGAUCCAGAAACCAAGGGUGAGUUGGAUUUCUUUGUGAGAAAAAAAUUGUGAGAGUUGUUUGUGGCAAAAGCCACAAUGAUGCAAAUAUGUGAACUUUCGGUAAAUACGUAUGAGCCGAUUGUAAUUUUCGAUGUGAAAUUAUAAAAGUCUUUUUAAACAUAAAAAGUAGAAUUAUUCUGAAUGUGAGAUCAUUCAUAAUAUGUUACGAGCCAUAAAAAAAAUCAAUAUUUAGAAAAAUCUUAAUGUUAGAAGUCCUAACACAUAACCAAAAAUCCAUAAAGGCUAGAUUCUCAUAAAAUGAUUUCAUGUUACCAUUUUUGUUCUAUUCCAGGAAUCAUUCUCAUCGGAGAAAUUGGAGGUUCCGCUGAAGAAGAAGCAGCCAAAUUCUUGAAGGACAACAACUCUGGAAAGAACCGCAAACCAGUUGUCUCAUUCAUUGCUGGAGUCACUGCUCCACCAGGAAGACGUAUGGGUCACGCUGGAGCUAUUAUUUCUGGAGGAAAAGGAACUGCCGCUGAUAAGAUUGCUGCUCUCAAUGAUGCUGGAGUUAUUGUAAGUGUUAUCCCCAAAAUUCAAACGAAAUAAUUCAUUGGAUAAGAAUUUGAAGACAAUAUGUUUGCAGGUUACCGACUCACCAGCUAAAUUAGGAACAUCAAUGGCCACCGCUUUCCUCAAGAAUAUCUAA